AUGCCGCGGGGCAACCUCGAGUGCGUGACCCCGCGGUUCCUCGCGCUGCCCGCGAUCGCGUCCGCGCUGAGGGACGAGCGCUUCGCCGCCGCCGCCGCGCUCGCCGCGCGGCAUCGCGUGGACUUGAACCUGCUGGUGGACUACGGCACGUUCUAUACACUGGUCCCCAUACGACCGCGUUCGCGUGGUGAACGCCGAUCCUUAAGGACUUUUCCCGGCGCAUCUCUCCGCGCACCCAUCGCUUUCAAUCCCCGCCCGCGACGCCUUUCAACUCCGCUUCUGACGCCUUUCAACUCCACCCCAGGCUGGCCGAGGAUGUUACGCCCGGCGACGGCUCAGAAAUUCGUGACGGACGUCGACGACCCGGACGUGAUCAUGGAGCUCGUGGAGGCGCUGGACGCGCGGGACACGACCGCGCCGGGCGGGGUGUACGCGCACGUGCCGAAGGGAGGGGGAGGGGGUGUCGACGCCGCGACGACGGCGAUGGCGAGUCUCGCGGUGCGCGACGGCGGCGACGACGGCGGCGGCGAGAACAAGAUCGAUAGGGUGUGCGCGGCGAUCCGCGCCGCGGUGGAGGCGCGCGCGGCGGCGGCGGCGGCGACGUCGACGACGGCGGGCGAUCGAGCGGACGACGCCGCCGAGGCACGCGACGCGGAAGCCGCAGCCGACGACGACGACGACGACGACGCCGACGCCCCGGAGCGGCGUUCGGAGCCUUCGCCUUCGCCUUCCGCCGCGCCCGCGCCCACUUUGCUGCACGACCGAUGGGAGCUCGUGAUGCUGUCCACGCACGCGCGCUCGGACCCGCCGAACCUCGGCGCCGCGCUCGCUCGCGUCCGCGCGCGCAGAGAGGCGGAGCUCGCGGCGACGCACGCGACGACGACGACGACGACGACGACGACGACGACGCCGAAAUCGAAAUCGACAUCGAUCGACUCCGCCGCGGCGCUGAAACACCUCAUCGCCCUGACCGGCGGCGACGCGCUGUACGCCGCCGCGCUCGGGACGUACGACCUCUCCAUCGCGUACCUCGUCGGUCAGCACGCGUCGAUGGACCCCGGGGAGUACGUCGCUGAUCUCCGCGCGCUGCAAGACGCGCCGCCAGAUCUGCGCAACGCGGAGAUCGAUCGACGGUUAGGGCGGCACGAGAGCUGCGUGACGCACUUGCUGAAAGGCGGCGACGUGGAGGGCGCGUGCGAGGUCGCCGCGAAGCGGAGGCUCUUCCCGCACGCGCUCGCGACGGCGAAGACCCUCGCUCUCGACGCGGCGACCUCGGCGGCGGAGUUGAAAAAAACAUCCGCCACCGCGGACGCGGACGCGGCCGCGCCCUCCUCCGACGACGUCGCGACGCUCGUCGCGAAAGCGUACGCGUCGCAGCUCAGCGACGAGCGCAAGCACGAGGACGCCGCCGUCGCGCUCCUCUCCGUGGGAGACCACGAAGGCGCGUUGCGAGCGUAUCGCGACGCGCUCUGCUGGCGCCCCGCGCUCGCGCUCGCGGGCCGCAUGGGCCUGUCCAAAAACGCGCGCCGCGACAUCGCGGAGGAGCUGUGCGAGGCGCUCUCGAGCUUCGACCCCUCCGCGGCAUCGCGCGUCGCGAGCGAGCACCUCGGCGACGUCGAUCGCGCGGUGGAUUUAUGCUGCGCCGCGCGUGAGUGGCGGGAGUCGACGCGUCUCGCGUACGCGAACGAUCGCGGCGACCUCGUGGACACCACGGUCGCGUACGCCGCCGCCGAGGCCGCGUCGCAGGCGCUGUCGGACGCGCGCGAGGUCCCGGGCCGCGCGGAGAAGUACCUCGCGCGGUUGAGGGAUCUGAAACGUCGCCGCGUGGCGAUGGCGGCGGCGACGACCGCCGGCGACGACGAGUGGGACGCGCGACGACCGGGCGGCGGCGGCGGCGGCGACGACGACGACGACGGCGCGUCCGAGGCGCCGUCGCUCGCGUCCGGGAUGAGCGCGUACACGGACAGGACCGCGGGCGCGGCGACGGAGACGACCGGGCGUAGCGGCUCGAGCCUCGCGCCGUCGACGCGGGGCGGACGCCGAGGGCACCGGAAAGGCAAGACGCCGAAGCGGAAAAAUUCGAAAGGGUUGCGCGCGGGCGGUCCGACGGAGGAGCGCGACCUCGCGACGCAUCUUAGUAACGGCGGCGUGGCAACCGUUUUCAUCGCCCCGCGCGCCCUGGAAGAGAUCGGCGAGCUGUCUGAGCUGUUGAUCCUCCUGGGGCACGCGGAGGACGCCGGGACGUUGCAGCGCGCGGUGAGCGCGGCGACGGCGGCGAACGACGACGCAGUCAGGGAGGCGAAACUGCGCCUCUCCG